AUGUUCCGCAUCCAACCCGCACGCGCCGUACAACGCGCAACCUUCGCCCGCCCUGCCGUCGUUCGCCCUCGCUUCCUCAGCACAACACCAGCACGCUUCGCGCAAAAAGACGCGCAGGACAAGGACUCGCUGAAGCCCCGAUCGACCGAGUACGCCAAAUCUGGAUCCGACGACGGCGCUGCACACUCAGAUGCCGCUUUCAACCCCAACCAGACCAGCCCUGAGGAGGCCGAGGCAACUGCUGAACGAGAAGCUGGUGGUGUAAAGAACAGCUUGAACGCAAGCCCAGGCAACAAGGACAUUAGCGAACCUAACAGCCCCGACGUUGGUGGAAAUGGAGGAGCACCGGACAAGAAGAGCAGCGGUAGUGGCAGCGCGCCCAAGAACAGCUCAGGAUAA